UUGAAAACACUUCUACUUUUGAGAUAACACUUUUAUGUUGGGAACUUUCUAAUCUUACCAGAAUAGGUAAAGUUAGUGUUUAAUCUCCACUACUUCUAAAUAUAUCCUCUAUCCACCAAAAAUACCCUGGAAAAAAAUAAAAGAAGUUUCAGAUCCUCUUGAUCAUUGGACAACAAAGGAGUUAAUAUACGAUGAAGCUAGAAGAACCUCAAAGUAAACUAGAAGGAGGUCAACAUUCCCAGCUCAUCCCAUGGAUCAUUGCUGCUGUUUUCAUCUCACUUCUCAGUGCCUGUUUUAUUGCAAAUUGUGUCGUAACCAAUCACAAACUUCUACGCUGUAAAGUAGGCACAGAAGCAUUGAAGUUACCACUGUACAACACGAAGCUGACGUGCAUCAGAGAGACAACAGAACUGAAAGGGAGCACUUUGACUUGCUGUCCUGUUGACUGGAACGCCUACCAGUCUCACUGCUAUUUUCCUUUUCACGACAACAAGACCUGGGCUGAGAGCGAACGAAACUGUACGGGGAUAGGGGCCCACCUGGCGACUAUCAGCACAGAGGCUGAGCAGAACUUCAUUGUUCAACUUUUGGAUAGACGAUUUUCAUAUUUCUUGGGACUUACAGAUCAGAACUCUGAAGGCCAGUGGCACUGGGUAGACCAGACGCCUUUCAACCCACACAUGGUAUUCUGGCAUAAAGGUGAACCCAAUAACCAUCAGCAAGAAAACUGUGUUGUCCUUGUUAACAAACAAGAUAAAUGGGCCUGGAAUGAUUUCCCUUGUAACUUUGAGACAAGUAGGAUUUGUAAGAUACCUGGAAAAGUACUAAAGUAGAAACCUCCUAAGUGGUCCUUGCGAUGGGGACCGAAAAGAAGAGCCAACUGGACGAGGGCACCAUUGGAGGAAAGAAUGCAUGCUGGGUUUUAAAGCAUUUUCAAUCAUUUAUUUAUCUCUGUUUGAUUCAGUCUAGGCACUGUGGUUUUGUGUGGUGUUUUGGUGGAAGGAAUCAUCUUUUCUGUGAGAACCAGUUUUCAUUAUUUUUGCUUUCUUGGUAGGAUUUCAAGGUAUUUACUUCUCAACUGGUGUGCAUUGAUUACAUGUCUAACCGAAUGGUCUGAAUAACAGUGCAAUCUUUUUGUCAUUGUUUUCCUCUGCUCAGAUUCUUAGCUCUUAAAAUUCACUGUCAAGGUAUUCUGACUGGCAGUGGUGCACUUUUUUUUUUUUUUUUAAUCCAAAUAUCACAGGCACUUAAAGUUUUUUAACAAAAUUUUUGUUGAUUGAUGCUUCAUUUUCUGACUUUUAAGUAACAUCAACCAUUAGUUCAACAUUCCAUGACCAAAAUUUUGCCACAACAGUGGUAUAAAAUAGUUCUGAAUUGUGUUAUUGCACAGGUAGGAAACAGUCCAUUUACCUUUUUGAAAAUUCACUUUCUCCACCCUAAAUAACUUCUCAAAGCAGGGCAUCUUGUGCUCACUUAACUUUUUUUUUUUUUUUUUUGAGUAUGAAAAUCCCUUUAAGGCUUCCUUAACCAAACUCUAUACCUAAACCAAAUUCUAUACCCAAGGGAAAAAGACCUCAUGGAAGUCAAAGGUCUGAACUUCACAUUGCUAGUUUAUGACAGAACCUGGACUAUGGCCCAAAUUUACCCUUUCAUAAGAGGUGAAAUGUACUCCUUUUUGUGUUGCAGGGAAAUCCUCUGGGGGGGGGGGUGACUUGGCCUCUUUAUUUGUCCAACAGAUAGAGAAUUUUUUUUUUAAUAAUUUGAAAAACAUUGUAUUAUUGUUUUUAUUUUUAAUUUGAAUGAGAAAGAAUCAUAUUUCAAACCCAUGCACGUAAAUUGUUAGCAUGUUUCUUUAGAGCUACAGUGCUAUUUCAAACUAGCAAGGGAGUCAUGUUUUAACAACCUGAAAUUAUGCUUUUGUGAUGUACAUAGUAUUAUUAAUCAUGUAGCAGUCACAUCCAACUUUAACAGAAAGUUAAACUUUCUUAAAAUUCUCACUUUGCUAAUGUUUCCUGGAUGGAAGCUGAAAAAACGUCCAGCAACAGCUUUUCAGUCUACUUCCUUACCACUGGUUUUAGAAAAAAGUAUUGAUUUUUUAAAUUAGUUAUUGGUUUUCUGGAAUAUUAAAUGUUGGAUUAUGUGUGAUGGUGUAUAUGUCUGUCUGUCUGUUUUGUCUGCAUUUAAAGCUGAUGCUUUUAAUGAAGUGGUGCUAAGUGACUUCAGUUGUGUUUGCCAUAUUCAUUAAAUUACCAAGCACAACCCCCCCAAAACCUGUGGAGGUAAUUUUAUGUAAACUCUAAUGGGUUUUGUUUUGUAUAGUUAAUAGUAAACAUUUUUUAUUUGUAUAAAACUGUAUGUUGUAAAGAUUCAGUUGUGACCUUUGUGAUUUUGUAAUCUAUGGCUGCAUCUAUCUGUACGAUCUAUUUCUCUCAGUGCUGAUCAUCUUCAUUACUUCCAUGUAGUCCAAGCUACUAUCUCUCUCACCUGAAUCAUUGCAAAGAUCUUCUGUUUGGUUUUUCUGUUCCCACCUGUGCCGGAUUGGAUGUGUCAUGCCUCCCAAAACGCCAUGUUCUUUCAUGCAAUCUUGUGGGGGCAGAGAAAUUAGUGUUGAUCGGGUUUGAAUCCUUUGAGUGUUUCCAUGGAGAUGUUACCCAAUCAACUGUGGGCACGAAUUUUGAUUGGAUAAUUUCCAUGGAGGUAUUACCCCACCCAUUCAGGGUGGGUCUUAACUGAAUCACUGGAGUC